GCUGCUGCAGCCAGACGAGAGCGAGACCCAGUCAGGCCCCGAAAAAAGAGAAAAAUAUUUUAAAAAUUGUAAAAAAUAAUAAAACUACAGAUCGAAAUAAAAGAAACAGUGGAAGGUGCUGUGGGGAUUUCCACGUCCAUCCAUCCAUUCAACCAUCCAUCCAUCCAUAUAUCCAACCAUCUUCUAACAUUUAUCCUGGCCAGUGAAGAUGCACAGCAAUACCAGCUACUCACCCCCAACUGAUGCUGUAGGCACCGGGUGAGAGGGGGGAAAUUCACAUUCACAAGAUACCUGCAGAUUCAAAGGUUUGCAGCUGAGGUACACCGUUGGCCCACUCGGCCCCUCUGAGCGCAACCCAGCCCCUCCCCCCCCCCCCCCCGACAUCCCGCACGCAGCUCCGGCACCACGCAAAGCCUGGAGGGCGGGGCGGCCCCAACCAUCACCCCAUGGCAACGGCACACUAGGGCUGCCAUGGCAGCAGGUGCCACCGAUGCCCCACGCCAGCAUACCGCACUGAGCCCGGAGCACGAGGAACGACGAGCCGCCGCCGCUGCCAAGCUUUUCCGAGGCAGACUGCCCCUGGGCAGAGAGAGCAAGAGCGAGAGAGAGAGAGAGGAGUGCGAGAGGCUGCGGGAGGGCCGCUUGGGCAGGAGCCAGUGCCCGGUGUGUGGGGCUCUCUUCGGCUCGCACGACCAGCUCCGCCUUCACGCCUUCUGCCAUACUGGAGAGAAGCCCUUCCGCUGCUUCCAGCCAAACUGUGGAAAGGCCUUUGUCUCCAAAUACAAACUGUUCAGGCAUAUGGCCACACAUUCUCCACAGAAGACCCACCAGUGCUCAUUCUGUGAUAAGAUGUUUCACCGAAAAGAUCACCUGAAGAACCACCUGCAGACCCACGACCCGAACAAGGAGGCCUUCAGGUGCGAGGAGUGCGGCAAGAACUACAACACCAAGCUGGGCUACAAGCGUCACGUGGCCAUGCAUGCGGCGACCAGCGGAGAUCUCACCUGCAAGGUGUGCCUGCAGAGCUAUGAGAGCACCCCCGUGCUGCUGGAGCACCUCAAGAGUCACUCGGGCAAGUCGUCCGGCGGCACCAAGGAAAAGAAGCACCCCUGCGACCACUGCGACCGCCGCUUCUACACACGCAAGGACGUCCGCCGCCACAUGGUGGUCCACACGGGCCGUAAGGACUUCCUGUGCCAAUACUGUGCCCAGCGCUUUGGCCGGAAGGACCACUUGACACGACAUGUGAAGAAGAGCCACUCGCAGGAGCUGCUGAAGAUCAAGGCCGAGCCGCCUGACCUGCUCGGCCUUCUGGGCUCUGGGUCGCCCCCAUGUGCCGUCAAGGAAGAGCUCAGUCCCAUGGUGUGCAUGGGUUCCUCUAAGGACUCCAUGCUGAGCAAGCCCUUCCCUGGAGCAUUCCCCAUGGGCAUGUACAAUCCACACCUGCAGGCCAUGUCCAAUUCUGGGCCUCCUCACCACUCCCUGGUGUCGGGUCCUCUGUCCACCCCCAUGGGGAUGGGCUGCCACAUGGAGUCCCCCUCCCCUCUUCACCACCAUCAUCACCACCAUCACCACCAUCACCACCAUCACCAUGCUUCCCCCUCGUCCCAGCAGCAGCAACAGCAGCAGCAGCAACAGCAUCCACAGCCACCCCUUCCUAAGUACCAGCUUGGAUCUACCUCAUAUCUACUGGAGAAGCCCCUGAAGGUGGAGAUGGAGAGCUUCCUGAUGGAUCUGCAGAGUGGGCUGCCCGUGCCCCCGCAGGCUGACGCCCUUGGCAGCUCCCCAGCUAAAGAGGGUCUCGAGCACCAGCAGGUGCUGCCAGAUGAUCUCAGUGGGGAGCACCUCCUGUCCAAAAGCCCGGCUGUCAUCGCAGAGUCUGUGUGUGCUGCUAACAUGGACUUCUCCCACCUGCUGGGCUUCCUGCCACUCAACCUGCCCCCAUACAAUCCUCCCAUGAGCGCUGGCGGCCUGGUCAUGGGCUACUCCUCCUCAACCUCAUCGUCCUCCUCCUCGUCAUCCUCCCACAUGACCGAUCCUCACGCUCCACCACAUACCUCUUUGCAACCGCAACCUCAGGAGUCACAGGGCUCCGGCGGGGGCCUCAGCCUGGGGCCCCUGCACUCACUCCCUCCAGUGUUCAGCACCAGCCUCAGUGCCACCACUCUCCCUCGCUUUCACCAAGCCUUCCAGUGAGGGCCACACCUCCCUGGGGUCAGGGGUCGAAACACUUGAACACUUAGAAGCCUUAAUUUAAGCGCACAAAUGCUUAUGAUUGAGCCCAGAGAAAGCUAAACUAGAUGUAAAGAACUUAAACGCAAAUCGCUUUGAUUUAGGCUUCCUCUCUACUGUUUGGUUGCCAGUCUGUUAAUCCUUAUCAUCCAACUUCAUUCAAACACUCACUUACCCCUCCCAUAUAUAUGUCAUAAUUGAUUGGCAUAAUCAGUGAAUCAGUAGUCAUGAUACUACAAGUCUGUUUACUAGAUAAUAAUAAAGAGAGGAAAGAAAGCUCAAACAUUUUCUGUCCAGGAAAUAGUUUUAACUGCAUUAAGAUUAUUAUACUUUUCCAAAUAUGAAAUCAAAACAGCUGGAUUGUAUCCCUUCCACCUCUGUCCGUGUCCACAUCUGGUUGUAGUUAUCAUGAACCUAAAGAGGCUUUCCAGAGAGGCGUGAAAAAUUAGUGAAGGAAUGAAGUAACGACGUCAAGGCAAGCUAUCUCACCACAGAACGUGCUUUGCAAACUUUAACUUUGCUUAAUCCGAGCAACAUUUGCUCCUAUGUACUCGAACAUAACGCCCGUUUAUUCUUUAAACCAAAUAACUGUAAGGAAAUAUCACUUUUAAAGCAGUUUUGGAACUGAUGAAAUAAAAUCAGGUACCAUGAGCUGUCCUCUGUGGGGCUGUGUAGACCUCUUAACUGUGAGAAAUAGCUAAACUUAGAUGCUACCGAACACAGCAGGAGUGCCUGUAUAUACACUUUUCUCAGGCCAGUGUGACAACAGGUUGACAACAAGAGUAAUUUUGUUCAUACAGUGAACUCUGGGGUGGUUUCACUCCUAACGGUGCUGCACUGAAUUGGAAAUGAUAGACAGACCUGAAAGCAGCGUUUACAGGUGUAAGAAAAUCUAAAUGCACUGCAAGUAAGCUUGUGUAAAUAUAGCAGAUCUCUCUGCUGUUUCAUGUAGCGCAAAUCCAAGUAAUAGACAGGAUGUGAAACUGUGAGUUUUGUUCUUGUAAAAAGAAGCACUUUUACAUAAAGGAGGCACUUCGACUGCUUGAAUUGGAUGAGAACCGCAGAACUCGUGUGACUCUGCCAAUUAUGCCGCUCAACGUGAAACAUCUGGUUUAUAUACAAAAAAAAACCCAACCGACCAAAUAAACACACCCAAAAAGACACUGUUAGAGCUGCUCUCACACACAGCAACAAGCUUCAAGGAAGGUUUUAAUCGCCAGUCUUCCUUCCAGCACUAAUUUUUGAAAAACAGAUUUUUUUUAACAGUAUCGAUGUUAACAGACCUCACUUCAUGAACCCCCCCCCCUCGUAAAUUAAUGUUUCUUUUUCAGAUAAAAGCAAAUGUUUUACGCAGUUUUUAGAUGCUCAUGGUAAUAAUAACCCUGACAUAUGUGAAUAGUAAAGAUAAUGAUGACAAUUAUGACAUUUUUGCAGUGUACGGAAUUAGACGAUGAAAAAUAUCUCUCUCUCUCACUCUCUCUCUCUCUCUAUAUAUAUAUAUAUAUAUAAAUAUAUAUAUUUACACAUUAUGAUUGCUUUUCAAUAAAAGGUAAAUUAGGUAGAUUUAUUAAGAAAUUGCUGAUAUUUUUAAAUGUCUGGCAGGUUUACAUUUCAUGUCUUGCAUUAUAUUGAUCAAAAACAGAUGAAGUAUUAGCUUUCUUUAUUAGCCUUGGUUUUGUCCUGUAGCUGUUCAUAUGUGUAUGAGCUAAAAUAGAGUUUUGGAUUAUAGGUUGACAAAUACAACAUAGUGGAAUAAUAAAUUAGGAUGGACUCAGCAAAACGAUGGAAAUAAUGACCUAAGUGUCAGAAUCUCUUUAUUCCCCAUUCACUGACAACUUGGACACAUUGGCCAACUGACACAGGUUGUUGGUUAAUGUUUUCUAAAUGCUUCCUUUCUUAUUUUAAGCAACGUAGCCCCCCCCCCCCCCCCCCCCCCCCCGACAUAUACAGCCCUCUAAUAAGUAAAGACAACACAAGAUGUUAAUUUUCUUUAGCAGAUUUGUUGACGUGCCAGACUAGGAACCACUGUUAUUUGCUUUGUUCAUACAUUUACUCAAGACUCAAAUGUCAGUCGUGCCUGUAAUUAUAUGGGACCGAAGAAGCUGGCUUAUGACGGAACUGCUGCCUCUCCGUUGGUGUCACGGCAGCACAUUUGUCCCCAGUCAGGUGACGUCCCUCAUAUCCCACCACAAAAAAAAAAAAAAUCUGUUGCUGCUUUUCUCUAUGGUUGUCAUUAACUGUAGACCACUAUUAAAAAAUAAUUAAAAAAAAGGACUUUCAGUCUUGUGGAAACCAGGCUGAAAUGUGCACGUCUCUGUAUCUCACAUUGCUUGGUAUCCAUUAAGUAGCUGCUUCGUAGGUUCAAAGAAAAGAGCAAAGAGACAUUGACCUGGUCUUUGACAUUCAAAGCAUGAGACGCCUCAUAGGAAUAUUGCUUUCUUUAUUUUAUUUCAUUUUUGUUUGUUGUAUUAUAUAUUUUUUAUUUUACUGUUUGUUGCAACAGGACCUCGUAAUAACACAACGCAUCACCUCAUUAAUUUGUUUCUUACCAAAAACCUGGGGAGAAGAAACUACAAUUUGCACAAUCGCUUAUUUAAGUAAUUCAGCGAGCAUUUGGUCUUGUGAUCAAAUGUAUUUUGUAAUUCGGCAAAAAAAAAAAAAAAAAACACCAUUCAACGUGCGCCAAAAGUGUUGUUCAUAAGCAUAUCUGUACUUGGUCUUAAGCAAUAUUUGAAAUACAGUGUAAUCACCUGAAACUGGAAAGUCUUUUUGUAAUUGAAAAUGAAACCCAGGAAACUCAUUCCGUUAUCUAUCAGCUCCGAAAUACUUAGUGGUCAUAUUUUUGACUGCAAAUGUACAUAUUUGUAGUGUGAGUUCGGAGAUCAGAAUACAAGAUCCCUGACACACUGAGAGAUUGCAGAGAUACUUGAUUGCAGAAAACAGCGGGCAUUUCACCUGCUUUCGUGUGCGUUGUUUACCUGACCAAAAAGAUCCACUGGGGCUUCACUUUCAAAAUUAUUUGUUGAUCAGAAAAUCCGGAGUUAGUACUUCUAUCCUGAAUGAUACUACGAUUCAGGUGAAAAAAAAAUAUAUAUAUAUAUUUCUUCCCUAUUGACAAUGCUGCCCUGAAAUAAUAUAAUGGAUUAAACAUGAUUAAAGAUAACGUAAGAGAAUAGUCACGAGAUCAAAUUAUUUUAUUUGAAUGGUUUGUACUUAUUUUGAGUCAAAUAUAGUGCAGUAUUUUUUUUUAAGAAUAUUUAUUUAAGAAAACAAAGCUGUUAUGUCGUUGGUCAGUUUUUCCUCCCUGGGUUUCUGUGAGCUUAUCUGAAUCUUAGCACUUUCAAACAUUUAAAAAGAGUAUUUGUUUUUCUUAUAAAAUUCAAUCGUGUUUAUGUUUUAAAUAGUGUAAUUGAUUUUGUUUAUGUAAUUGCCAUUAGUUUGUGUAGAUUGAAUUAAUCUUUGUAUGUUUUAAGAAUAACAGUAUUUUGAUAGACCUCACUAAUAUUUUUAUUUGUUUCCCAGGCACCUCACCCCACCCCCGGAACAGAGAACAAAGUUUCUCUGAAUUAAUCAUCAGAGCUCUAAUAGUCCAUAGCAUGUUAGUGCCGCAAAAAUUCGUGAUGUUACCCCAACAUCAUCUUCCAAGAAACACUUCUUUUAAAAUGGCUCAUUCGAUUGGCAGAAUACGUAAUCUGCCAUUAAAAAACACCCCAAGAAUCAUGUUUACAGAAAUAUGCCUCCUCAAGUAUAAGAAGAGUAUUUUUUGAUUUACAGAUAAAUAUUUAAAAAACAUUGCGGGGUAAUUCCCACCCUCAUUGACGUCUUUGGUAAGGAGCGUAACACUGAAUGGAGGUGCAUUUUUGUUGUACAGCUCAACACUGAAAGCAAAACUUUCACAAAUUUCAGUUUAUAUUUUGUUCACUCUGCCCAUCAUAAAAAAACAACCUUCAGUAAUAAAAACUACCUUGACACCCCUGCAGCCUUCAGUGAUGUCCAGAUGGGACAGAAUUAUGAAAAACUUGAGACUGGAGGAGGUGUUAUAAGUAGCAUAAAGAAGUGUUUCUUUGCCUGUCAUAUUGAUAGGUCAAAGUUUUUAAGUGGAGGGGGUCCUAUCCCUGUACUCCCACAGCACUGAAUUCAGUGGCAGCGUAAAACUUAGUCAAUCUGCAGAAGCUUGUACAUUUCCGUCAUGGUGCUGCAAGGGGACUGUAGAUUCAGGGCUGAUCCGUUACACUGUGUAGCCACUAGGUGUCCCCUCGCAACUCAGGCUAAACUUGGUGCAAACACCGCGCGUGUCGAACUCUCACCUGCCCUGAGCUCUUGCGUGUCUUCUGGGGGCAUGAAGCACCUCUGCAUCUAUUACCUGUGGCAGUUCUGCUCAGUUUCAAGUCACUGUGCCUUCUAGGCCUGCACUUAUCUCCUCAGUUUUCAGCAAGCUAGUAGGUGCAAACUUAAGGGAAUAAUUAGUAUGUGCGUCUGAGGAAGAAUUAAUGGAAGAAAUUCAUUUUCGCUUUACUGAGAAGCUGGGUACUGUCAGGAAAAAAAAAAUCCAUUAGUAGUUUUAUAUAUUUUUAGCAAAAUGUAAGUCUUGCAUUCCAAGCCUUGUAUGUAUCUUUAGCAACAUAGCCUUUUACUUUUAGUGUCCUCCUUAUUACUGCCACCGCUGGACAAAAGUGAAAAACAGAUUAAUAUUUGCAUUCAUCCUACACUAUUUUUUUUUUUAUAGCAUGAAGUUUAUCAAGUACAGGGAGAAUUGUGCAAAAGUGCUUUGGUGACGUCUGCUUUUUGUUACAGUUCACAUGCAAUCAGUUGCUGCAAUGUAAAAUGACAGAUUUGUAUAUUGGUUAAUCCAAAGAAAAGACCUUACAACAAACCUAUUUACUUAUUGUACAGUGCAUUGUACCUUUGACUUGUGUUGUUAAUGAUUAAAAGAGAACUACGGUUUCA